AUGGAGGCUCAGAUCGAAAGAGUUGUCGAUAUCUUGUCGAACCCCCGAUCUGACCAGUCCCUCCAAGGGCAGGCCCUCGAGUACUUAGGCCAGGUGCGGUCCGAUCCGCAAGCCUGGCAAGCCUGCACCAACCUCUAUGUUCGAACAUCGCCCCGGGCAUCCGACCUUGCCCGUAUGACAUGUCUUGAGAUCAUCAACUAUGCUGUCUACAACCACGGCCUCGAUACCGAUAGCCUCAGCUACCUCAAGCAGACGCUGCUCGAAUACACUCGCCAAACAUACGGCCCAGAUACUCAAAACGAACCCGACCAGCCGCACAUACAGAACAAGCUCACGCAAACCUUGACGUACCUGUUUGUAUUCCUGUACCAAAAUGGAUGGCAGUCAUUUCUCGAAGAUUUUCUAGCCCUCACCGGCAUCGGCAACGGUGUCAACAACGUCCGCGGCACGCUCUUCUAUCUCCGCAUCUUGUCCUCGAUCCACGACGAGAUCGCCGAUAUGCUUCUCUCUCGCCAGAGUAACGAGUCUAAGCGUAACACGGAGCUCAAAGACCAGCUGAGAGCACAGGACAUGCAUCGCGUUGCUGACUCCUGGAAGCAGCUUCUUGCUCGUUACAGCGACAAUGACGCUGUGGUUGAAAUGGUCCUUCGAGUCAUCGGCAAGUGGGCUAGCUGGAUGGAUAUUUCCCUCAUCAUCAGCCAAGAUAUGCUCAGCCUUAUCCUUCCCGUCGUCGGACGUCACCAGAAUGAGGGUCGAGCUGACAAGGUCCGCGACGUCGCCAUUGAGACGCUUACCGAGAUUUGCGGUAAAAAGAUGCGCUCUGCCGACAAGAUGGAGAUGAUUUCUUUCCUUAGUCUCCAGAGUAUUGUUAGUCAGCUCGUUGCCAUGCCACUGCUGAGCGAAUACCGUGGGACGUCCCAGUACGAUACCGAUCUUGCUGAAGUCGUCGCCAAGUUAGUCAACAGUGUAGUCUCCGAUAUCAUUAGAGCACUCGACGAUCCGCAGAUUAGCGAUGAUACCCGAUCUCGUGCAAAACAGCAUCUCAACGACUUUCUUCCAUUGCUACUCCGCUUCUUUACUGAUGAAUACGACGAGGUCUGCUCUACAGUCAUUCCUGCUCUCACCGACCUCCUCACAUUCCUCCGUAAGCUCGGACAUCUUCCCGAAGAGUACAACAGCAUGCUUGCGCCCAUUCUCGAUGCCAUUAUUCGGAAGAUGCGAUACGACGAAACUUCUUCGUGGGGAAAUGAAGAUGAACAGACAGACGAGGCCGAGUUUCAAGAGCUGCGAAAGAAGCUACAGAACUUGCAAAAGACUAUUGCUGCCAUAAACCAGCCUCUCUACAUGGACAUGCUGAGCAACCUGGUCGCCACAACCUUUCAGACCCUCAACCAACGAGGGUCUGACAUGGACUGGAGAGAUCUGGAUCUAGCUCUGCACGAGAUGUACCUCUUUGGAGAGCUUGCGUUGCCGAACCAUGGCCCUGGCACAAAGAAUCAGCCUUCUAGCGAGGCUUCCGAGCGCUUGGUGGUUAUGGUCACAAAAAUGGUAGAGUCUGGUAUUGCCAGCUUCUCGCAUCCGGCCAUUUUGCUCCAGUACAUGGAAAUAUGUGUCCGAUACAGCGCCGUUUUCGAUACCAACACACAGUACAUUCCGCAAGUGUUGGAGAACUUCGUCCGAUUAGUGCAUCACGAACAUGUACGACUCAAGACACGCUCGUGGUAUCUCUUUCAUCGAUUCAUCAAGCAGCUUCGCGGGCGGGUAGGCAACGUCGCCGAAACAGUCAUCCAGUCUAUUGGGGACCUACUGCCGAUUAAGGCUGAGGUCCCGGGCGAGGAUGCGGACGAUGACAUGUCCUCGGACGAAUCUGAUCACUCUGCCGAUGCCCUCUUCACUAGCCAACUAUACCUCUUUGAGGCCAUUGGGUGUAUUUCGUCUACUUCCAGUACCCCUGUCGAAAAACAGGCGCUCUACGUUCGAUCAGUGAUGGAGCCACUUUUUCAGGAUAUGGAAGUACACCUGCCUCGUGCCAAGUCUGGCGAUGCCCAGGCCAACCUCCAGAUCCAUCACAUCGUAAUGGCCCUCGGCACGCUAGCACAUGGUUUCUCUGACUGGACACCUGGGUCGACAAGCAAAGAGCACACUCCGCCGGAUAAGGUGGUGGCAGCUGAGUUCUCACGAGCCGCAGAGGCUAUUCUCAUCGCACUGAGCCAACUCAAUUCCUCCUGCGAGAUUAGGACAGCCUGCCGUUCAGCAUUCUCCAAGCUUCUCGGUGUUCUGGGCGCUGCCGUUCUCCCUCAACUCCCCCAAUGGAUUGAUGGCUUACUUUCACAGAGCUCAUCCAAAGAUGAAAUGGCCAUGUUCUUGCGCCUGCUGGAUCAAGUCGUGUUCGGCUUCAAGGCGGAAAUCUACGACGUCUUGAAUGCUCUGCUGACACCUCUGCUCCAGAGAAUCUUUGCCGGACUGACAGAGCCGAUUCAUGGAACAGACGACGAAAUCCAGCUUGCCGAGCUUCGACGCGAAUAUCUCUCCUUUAUCCAGAUUAUUCUCAACAACGGACUUGAGGGCGUGUUGAUCAGCGAAGCCAACCAAGGCUACUUUGAGUCUUUGAUCUCCUCUGUCAUUGAGCUAGGGAAGAUUCUGGAAGGCAAUUUGGGACCGUCCCGACACGCGUUCACCAUCCUAUUGCGCAUCUCCUCUAUUUGGGGCGGACCUGAUGUAGCUACGAUCUCGCAGAACCCGACUGCGCCAAUAGGCUCGGCUAGUCCUGUCAUACCUGGCUUUGAUCAAUUCAUGAUCGAUCGUUUCCACAACGCAUGCUGGGAGGUGCUACGCAAUCCCAACUUCCGUCCUGGGCAGGACGCGCAGACGAAGCAGAUUUUGGUGGAGAUUGCUAGCCUGGAGCAACUCAUCUACACCAAAACUGGCGACGCUUUUAUCCAGAACCUACAGAAUGGAGUGUUUGCCAGCCUCGGUAUCAAUGGAGACGAAUUCCUGCGGUCACUUACUACGUCGACCGACAAGAAGCAAUUUCCAUCAUACCUGCAGGGGCUGCUCAAGAGCCGCCAAUAG